AUGAAGAGCGGCGUGUGCCUGUGCGUGCUGCUGGCGGCGCUGGCGGCGGGCACCCUGGCGCAGCCCGUGCCGCCCGCCGCCCCCCAGGGCCCCGGGGCGCAGCGGGGCGAGGAGGCGCCGCGGAGACAGCUGAGGGCGGUGCAGAGGGGGGACGGCGAGCCCCCCGCGCACCUGGGCGCGCUGCUGGCCAGAUACAUCCAGCAGGCCCGGAAAGCUCCCUCUGGCCACAUGUCCAUGAUCAAGAACCUGCAGAGCCGGGACCCCACUCACCGGAUCAGUGACCGGGACUACAUGGGCUGGAUGGACUUCGGCAGGCGCAGCGCCGAGGAGUACGAGUACCCCUCCUAG